GGGACGCCCCUUCAGGGCGCCGGGGCGGUGCGGGGCUCCUCCUUCCCGCCGGUACUGCCGCCCCGCUCUUCAGAAACCGCCGCGUCCGAGCGCAGCUCAGCCCGAUGGCCCGUGAGGAGGUGGCGGUGGGCGGCGAGGAGUCGGCGGCAGGCGAGGGGGGCGGCUUGCUGCUGGAGAUCGUGGGCUCCCCGCUCAACCUCAGCCUCCUGGCCCUCUGCCUCUUCCUGCUCUACCAGAUCCUGCGGGGCGAGCGGCCCGCGGCGCCGGCGGGAGAGGCGGACCCGCCAUCGCUGCCCAAGAUGAAGCGUCGCGACUUCACGCUGUCGCAGCUGCGGCCCUACGACGGGGUGAACGACCCCCGCAUCCUCAUGGCCGUCAACGGCAAAGUCUUCGACGUGACCCGCGCCAAGAAGUUCUACGGGCCCGAUGGCCCCUAUGGAAUUUUUGCUGGAAGAGAUGCAUCCCGAGGCCUUGCCACGUUCUGCCUGGAUAAGGAGGCUCUGAGGGAUGAGUAUGAUGACCUCUCUGAUCUCAAUGCUUCACAGCAAGAGACCUUGAGGGACUGGGAGUCACAAUUCACUUUUAAGUAUCAUCAUGUUGGUAAGCUGCUGAAGGAAGGGGAGGAACCCACAGUAUACUCUGAUGAAGAAGAAAAAGGUGCCCAGGAUGCAAAGAAAGACUAGAGAAUGCACUGAGAAACAAUCUAUUUUUGCAUCUUAAAGGAUCGUUUGUAACAUUCCACUUCCCUUUUGUAAGUUGCAACAGCAAAAGUGCCAGAGUUACAAGGAAUUGUUUAAAAGGCUUCCUUUUUCAAAUUUAAUAGUAAACCACUAAAGGUCUAUGAUCUGCCUUCCUUUAAAUCUGCAUAAAAAUAGUUGUGCAAAAGAAAACUGCAAUUUUGGCAAUAAAGGACUAGAGCUGUUUUUCUUCUACCACCAUUUAGUGCAGAGUAGGUUAAAAUACAGUUUUUCAUUAACAGCCUAGCACUGUAGACACAGGCACAAGAGUAACUUCAUAUAUGCAACAUAAAUUCCACUAAAUCUCAUUUUCUCUUGGCUUCUGCAGGAUCUGGGCCUUGGGUUGUAAUUCCUUUAGAAAAGGGACUAUAUUUUAUUUGUCCAUGAAGCAUCAUUCUCACUUCUGGUGCAGUGUAAUUCAAUGUUAUGUAAGAUGAUUUGGCUUUUAAGGAGUUACAGAGCAGCUUACAGAUUAAACACUAACUGCUUUUUAAGAAAAGAUGAAUUUUUGAGAGGAUUAAAUCACUUUUAGAUACUUAGAAAAUUAGGAAAGACUGAUGAAUAGUUGAUAUAUUCAGUCAUGCAUAAUUAUGCAUGGAUUGAUAUUUUUUGUUUACUUUUAAAGCACAACUGAAGUUUUAAAAAGCUUUGGAGUGUAAGUAAGCAUCCCUCAAAACCAGGUACAGCACCAAGUGUGGACUUGUGUUCAUUAACUCUUAGUAAAACUCUUCUGGGAAUUUUAAUGAAAUUAUAUUCAACAGAUACCAUCAGCUGCUAUUGAUUCUUAGACUUAAAAAAGAUUUGCUGGUAUGGCAUGAUGAACAAGUGCUCUUGUACACACAGCACUAACUAGCAGAAUAUUACCAAUCAGUGUAAGUUAUACAACUUUCCUGUACAAAAUAAAAGGCAUAAGCCCUCUCUGUGUUGACACCUUUGUUGCUCUGGACUGUUGCCACUAAAAGAAACAUCCCAACCUCAUGCACAGCCAGCACUGCUACCCCUGGGGGAUCUGCCCUUUGAAUUGCUUUGUACUUAUUUGCUCUCUUAACUCACAUCUAUAGAUAAUUAGGUUUGUCCUGACUAUGUAACCCAGUCUUCUAGCAGAGAGGGCAGGGAAAAGUGUGCAUGUGCUCCUUCAUCAUCCAAAUACUUCUGCAGAACUCCAUCAGAAAUUCCAGGGAGAUACCCAAUGAUUUGCUGGUCACUCAUAAACAUGUAUCUUGUCCAGGUGGUUCUGCUUGGGUGCUUGUCUGGUGUAGUUCCCUGGGUUUAGUUUCUCCCAUUCAGCUGCUCAGCCAAGUUGUUCCAGUUUGGCAACACAAUCAAAAUGAUGAAGUGAGUCCUGAGCAGGAAGGUGUAAACUGGGCAAAACUCUUUGGGAGUUAAGUGCAUUGCACAACAGCAGCUUUAAUAAACAAGUGGUGCAACAUGUUAGAAGUGCCUGAGACCAUCUGUGCUGAGAACAAAUGACAUUCCCUCAGUCCUAACACUGUCAGGGCAUUUACUUUUGGCUACACUGGGCCUUCAGAUGAAGAGUUCAGUGGGUUGAGCCCCCAGCUCACAUCAAGUGGUACUGUGUGAACUACCUAGUGAAGGUCUAGAGACAAAUGUAAAUCUUGUUAUGACCUUUGUGUUGCUAUUGUAUUUUUAGAGACAUUUAUACUCUGCAAACUACUACUAAUGGUUUACCUCAAAUUGGAAAUGUGGGGGUUUUUAUUUGUUUAAGGCAGAAAAUAAAAUACUCUUGCAUAA